CGGACUCACGUGACUCACGCGGGCUCUGGAGAGGCUGGCAGCACUGAGGAAGCGGCGGCGGCGGCCGAGGAGGCGACAGCAGCCGGGAGGUAGCGGCCUGGCGAAAGACCGGCCGGCUGCCCUCUCGGACAGCCGUGGCGAAAGAGAAAAAUGGCGGAGGCUUCGGCGGCCGGGGCCGGCGCGGGCUCUGCGGUUGCCGCGCACCGGUUUUUCUGCCACUUUUGCAAGGGCGAGGUCAGCCCCAAACUACCGGAAUAUACUUGUCCCAGAUGUGAAUCAGGUUUUAUUGAAGAAGUGACAGAUGAUUCCAGUUUUUUAGGUGGUGGCAGCAGCACAUCAACACAGUUUUCAGAGUUCUGGGACCGUUUGGACCCCACGAUGUUUUUCCAAGAUUUUAGACCCUUUCUAAGUAGCAGUCUACUGGACCAAGAUAACAGAGCCAAUGAGAGGAGUCACCAAACUCACACUGACUUCUGGGGUCCAAGUCGGCCUCCACGGCUGUCAAUGACUCAGAGAUACAGAUCUCGAGGAAGUACUCGUCCCGAGAGAUCCCCAGCUUUUGAAAGAGUACUACAACAGAUCAUUGCAGGAUUCAUUCCUGGAUCCCCCUUUUCUUGGAGCGGGAUGCUGCACUCCAACCCCGGGGACUAUGCCUGGGGUCAGACAGGGCUUGAUGCCAUUGUAACCCAGCUUCUAGGACAACUGGAAAAUACAGGGCCUCCCCCAGCUGACAAGGAAAAGAUCACAUCUCUUGCAACAGUGACAGUAACUCAGGAACAAGUUGAUAAGGGCUUAGAGUGUCCAGUAUGCAAAGAGGAUUACACAGUUGAGGAGGAAGUCCGGCAGUUACCUUGCAACCACUACUUUCACAGCAGUUGUAUUGUGCCAUGGUUAGAACUGCAUGACGCAUGUCCUGUAUGUAGGAAGAGCUUAAAUGGUGAGGACUCUACUCAGCAAACACACAGCUCGGGGGCUUCUGCAAGCAGCAGAUUUAGCAGUGACAGCCAGCUCCAUGACCGAUGGACUUUCUGAGACUAAAGAGCACGUCUGAGCCAGGGCCAUGGUAGACCUAUCCCAGCUAUUAAUUGUAUCAAUGCAAAAAAAAUAGUAGGUGGAUUUAGGAAUCACUUAAGAAACCCCAACCCAUAAUAUUAAUUCACUGAGUGUUUUUCUUCUCUAAAUUUAAAGUUAGUGUCUGCAGAUGGAAUUGUAUCUAGAACCAAAUGCCUCUUAUUCCUGAAUUCAGAGUGAUAAUUUUGUUAAGUGUGAAACUUAAUUAUGUGGGUUUCCCCUGCUAGAAUAGAAUUGGUUAAUUAUGUGGGUUUCCCCUGCCAGAAUAGAAUUGGUUCCUUAAAGUCUGCCUAGGGUCCUGCUCUCUGUCAUGUUACCUUGUGAUGGUUGUUUCCACCUCUUUCUUCAACCUCCACCGUCUUCAGUGUACUUUAUAGUAAAUACAGUGGAACCAGAGCCCUAAAGUCCUGCUGAUAAAGUGCUUCUGUUUUAAUUUACAAAAGCAUCUACUCUUGGCCACAUUAGCCAUGGAGUGAGGUAAUGUUAAAUUAGGAAUAUGAGACUAAUGAUUUUUUUUUCCUUAAAUCUUUAGAGAGCAAAUCAAAACAAAGUUACAGUGGAGAGGCUUCUAAUUGUACUCUUUGGUUUUCUCAUUUUUAUUUUUGAAAACUACUUCGUAAGAGGCAGCUUCUGCAGAAACCAACAUGACAAAUGACAGGUCUUAAGAGUCUUGUGUUGGUAGGAAUCUGAUUCUGGUUCCUUUUUGGGAAUAAGUUGGGCAGGAUAAAGUCUCAGAAAGACAGAUGUUUGAAAUCUCUGGUUCUAAUCUAAGGUUUUUUAGUGAUUCUCAACUCAUUGUUUAUCCUGGGGACCUUAAAGUAAUUUUCCUCACAGAAAUAGGAUUAUUUUAUUACUGCUUCUACAGCUAAUUCAUGUUUUUUUUUUUUUUAUAAUUCAUUGGUCUUCAGGAAUUGAGACUUUAUGUUGUUUCAUUUUAAUUUUUAAAGUCCAUUUAUCAUCUCUGAAACCUUUUUGUUUGCUUCGUUCUGGCUUUACUUGGAGUCAUAUUGAUUUUUGUGAUCAUGCUGAAACAACUUAGCCUAGGAGAGAUAGGCCGCCUUUUUUCAGCCUUUUUUCUCAUGUACAUGCACAUGCUCUUUGGUGCAUUUAAGUGUUUAAAGUUGAAUAAAUGAAGAAGCUUAA